AGGAACAAAGUAACGAAUCUGCAAUUUGCAAAUGUUCGGUUCUUCGGUUCGGCUUCUCUAUAUAAGUGCCAAUCGUCUCGUUCCAGUCUCGACGUCGUUAUCGUCUUCGUUUUUGUCGAAGCGAAUUCUGUCCGAUUCUGGGAAACCCAUCUCGAUUGUUCCCCUAAUUUGUUCUUCGCUUCGGUUCCCAUCGAUCAGAGCUAGGGUUUCUGGGUCUGUGUCGCCUUGUUCGAGGUUAGAGCAUACGAUGGCUGCUACUUCCGAGACCAAAUCCGUCCAUGAUUUCACCGUCAAGGAUGCGAAGGGAAAUGACGUUGAUCUGAGCGUCUACAAGGGGAAGGUCCUCUUGAUUGUGAACGUCGCUUCACAGUGUGGCUUGACCAAUUCGAAUUACACCGAGCUUGCUCAGCUCUACGAGAAGUACAAAGACCAUGGGUUUGAGAUUCUUGCCUUCCCUUGCAACCAGUUUGGCAACCAAGAGCCGGGAAGCAAUGAAGAGAUCCUUCAAUUUGCCUGUACCCGAUUUAAGGCCGAGUACCCGAUAUUCGAUAAGGUUGAUGUGAAUGGCCAAAAUGCGGCACCGAUCUACAAGUUCUUGAAAUCUAGCAAAGGCGGGUUGUUCGGGGAUGGCAUCAAGUGGAACUUCGCUAAGUUCUUGGUCGACAAAGAUGGAAAAGUCGUUGACCGUUAUGCUCCCACCACUUCUCCUCUCAGCAUUGAGAAGGACAUCAAGAAACUGCUUGGAGUUACUGCUGCUUGAGCUCUUUCACGGCAUUAGCAGAUGGGCCAGAGAGUACCCAAUAAACGAUGUUGCAGUAUAAUAUACACUUUCAUCUACCGUAUGCGUUUCCAUCUUUGGGCGUAUAUAUACGGCACAUAUGCAUAUACUUUGCCCGUCUUCUAUACGGGUGUAUAUGUACCCCGCUGUGCUGGCCCUGCCUUUUAUAUUACCAUGUGUAUGAAUUCUCAAAGUGUUUAUGGAAUUCUGCAGUAUCAAGGUACUUGGCUACAGGAGACUUUAUACUAUGUAUUUGGCUGCAUAUAUGUUCUUCACGUUUUGUGUUGAA